AAGAGAAAUGGAAAUCGUGGAUAUGAGAUCCGAGGAAAUCAAACGCGUCCAAGAGGAAAAACCGAUCUUAUGACGCGAAGAAGAGAACAGCAUCAUCUCUCAUCGUGAGCUGCUGCCUCUUCGCGGCGAUGGCGGAGUGCGUAGGAGCUCUCGCCCCUAUCCACAGGAUACUCUCUUUACCGCUAUGCAGGAGCCACGGAAGGCACAUGCGUGGCCCCUGUUGUCCUUUCUUUCCAUCUGUUCGACAUGGUUUUCUACCAAUCGCUUCAACGACUCUCUCAUUUUCUCCUUCUGGGUCUUCUGUUUCAGUUGUCCUCGCUGCGGCUUCUGGACAAUCAAGCACUGAAAGCGCCUCAGAAACGCCUGAAUGGGCCAUCCAAGAGUUUUAUACACUGAGGAAGGAUGUAGAAACUACGAAGAAACGUGUAGAAGAAGUUACAGAAUCUGCUGGCAUGGAGCAACUGGAAACUGAGCUUGUUAAUCUGGAAGAAGCAGCUGCUGAUAGUUCUCUCUGGGACAACCCUACGAAAGCACAAGAAACUCUACUUUCCUUGAAUGAUAUCAAAGAAAAAAUUAAACUGCUUUCUGAAUUCAAAUCUAAGGUUGAAGAUGCAGAAAUGAUUGUCAAUCUAACGGAGGAGAUAGAUUCCAUAGAUACUGCGCUUCUUGAAGAAGGCUCUAAAAUUAUUCGGGAGCUGACCAAGUCAUUGGAUCGUUUUGAGUUGACCCAGCUGCUCUCUGGACCAUAUGAUAAAGAAGGUGCUGUUCUUACUGUUACUGCUGGUGCUGGCGGUACUGAUGCUCAGGAUUGGGCUGACAUGCUUCUGAGAAUGUACAUACGAUGGGGAGAGAAACAGAGAUACAAAACAAGAGUGGUUGACAAGUCUUUGGGUGAGGAAGCUGGAAUAAAGUCUGCUACUGUUGAGAUUGAAGGCCGUUUUGCCUAUGGUUACUUGUCAGGCGAGAAAGGAACACACCGUAUUGUUCGGCAGUCUCCUUUUAAUGCUAAAGGACUUCGUCAGACAAGUUUUGCUGGAGUCGAGGUCAUGCCUCUUCUUCCUGAAGAGUCGCUGGAUGUUGAAAUACCAGAGGAUGAUCUGGAGAUAAGCUACUCAAGGGCCGGUGGUAAAGGAGGCCAAAAUGUGAACAAGGUUGAAACAGCCGUUCGUAUCGUUCACAUUCCAACAGGCAUUAUGGUUCGUUGCACUGAAGAGAGAUCCCAACUUGCAAACAAGAUCAAAGCUUUGAGCAGAUUGAAAGCGAAAUUGCUAGUGGUAGCUGAGGAACAACGUGCAUCUGAGAUCAAUCAAAUAAGAGGUGAUGCAGUCAAGGCGGAAUGGGGUCAGCAGAUAAGGAACUAUGUAUUCCAUCCAUACAAGCUUGUGAAAGAUGUGCGCACGAGUCAUGAGACAUCUGACAUAGUAAGUGUCAUGGAUGGAGAGCUGGAUCCUUUUAUCAGGGCUUACCUUAAAUUUAAAUACAACAAAAGCUCAGCUGCCAGCAUCACAAAGUGAUGUAAAUUUCUACGUGCACAUCUUUCGUUUUGUAUGCAGACGUUUCUGCUCUUCCUUCCUUUGGAUUGCCGGGCGAUUCUGUCUAGUGCAUUUUUUCAUCUAAAUCUUCGUGAUGUCAGGUAAGAUGCACGCCGACACAUUAUAUAUGCAUGUGUAUCCAGAAUGGUGAUCAAGCAUCUUACAGAUUUUGGUUUA